CGUGGGGCGGCGGGGGCCGAUUGGCCACCCGCUGCGUGCUUCAGGGGGCGACACCGGCGCCGCGCACGCCCGACCCGCCCGCGAGGGCGGGCGCUGCCGCUUUUGCCGCGGCCAAUGAAGCGGGGGCGGCACUCGCGCCAUGUCCGAGCAUCAGAGCAGAUCCUCGUUCCUCAUCAAAGAUCUUCUGUCCGACGUCAUCGACAGGCCCCCACAGUUGCCCUCGCAACUGCCGCCAGAACCAGCUUUCGGCUUUGUUUGGCGCGCAGGGGACUCGCGGUGCGAGGGUGCCGGCGUCGCGGAGUACGAGGCGGCCGUGUCUGCCCUUUUGCAGCACCCCCUGAGCCUGGCAUUGCGCCGCAGCGCGUCACGUUCGCCCUCGCCAAACCAGUCGGCCCAACAGGCGGUGCGGAAGCCGCGUCGCCGACGCACGGCCUUCACGCACGCACAACUCGCGUACCUGGAGCGCAAGUUUCGGUGUCAGAAGUACCUGUCCGUGGCCGACAGGGGCGACGUCGCCGACGCGCUCAACCUCAGCGAAACGCAGGUCAAAACGUGGUACCAAAACAGAAGGACCAAAUGGAAGCGGCAAAAUCAGCUUCGGCUUGAGCAGCUCCGUCAGCAGGCGACAGCCUCCUCAUCUUCUGGCCCAACCUCGAGUGAAAAUCCCAAAGAAUCGGACGCGUGCUGCCAGGCCGCCUCGCCGUACUUGCUGGAGGUGGGACGGGCGGCUGUCCUGGCCGCCGGCCUGCCCUCUCUCUUCCGCACUGUUCCCUACUUCAACUGAAACUUGAAACUGGAAAUGAUUUAAAUUUCUGUGUGGGCCCCUGCAAAGUUCCAUUAUGAUUUGUUGUGAGAAAUUUCUAGUCUCAGCAGCACGCCCUGCGGCUUCUUGGAAGGGAAGUUUCGCCCCGGACCGGCGUUUUCCUUCCAUUUCAAUGUCAGGGAAGCAUUUUACGCAAAAAUCUGUCUCCCCCACGAGGGAAGAAGUAAGAGAAGAGUGGAGGAGGCCCCGCGGAGAAAGAGAGGGAAUUGAGAUGUUUUGUGUGCGGCUCGUGGAGAGUGAGACGAGUUUGUGAUAGGCAGGCCAUUAAAUUUAGCCGGUUGACUCGACUCGAGGCAGGACUCGACAGUGUGUCUGCCUGUCUGCGUUCACCAGCGGUCGCAAUUUUAUUUCUCUGCUCUCUAUGCAUAUUUAUUUCUUGUGCCAUCUCUCUUCAUGUGUCAUUGUCUGUUCACCUGUGCGUGCAACAAUAACAAACAAUUUGAGAAAUAAAGUCAUCCUAUAGUUGUCCUAAAACGGCUCUCAUCUUUU